AUGCCUUCCUUCGCGGGGACGACGACUGUCUUCGGCCGCUUCAAGAGGAACGCGAGCGCGGGCAGCGGCGCCAACAAUAAUGUCGGACCCAGUGUCACCUGGACCUCGCACCACGCCCACAACCACCACCGCCGCGACAGCAGCAUCCUCAGCCUGCAGACCAGCCUUGCCGAUAUUGGGACCAAUGUCAAGAGGAGUGUGAGCUUGCGCAGCCAUCGAACGAACCUCAGCAGCGGUGGAAGCAGCUUGGGCAAGCAUACGAAUAAGAGCCCCAGCAGCGGGAACGCUUUCUUGCCGUUGAGCAGCGCCAGUCCGAUCGAAGACGAAGAAGGAGCAGUUACAGGCAGUCCGCAGAGGAAGAACAAUCACGAGAAAGAGAAGGACACAUCACCGCUCAAGGAAGCACCGGCAUUGAAGAGGAAGAUCUCGCUCACCGCCAAAGGCCUCUCUCACAAAUUCAAGUCGACUGAAGCUCUGCCCAAGCUCGACUCGCCGGUGUAUCUGGACAACGUUGGUCGCUCGCGCACAGACAACCCUCUCAGUCCCUUCUCGUCCAUGUUGGUGGGCAGUGGUCCUGGCAAUGUUACACCCGCAAUGAGCAGAAAACCUUCGGUGGCGCCGUCAGACGCCAGCUCGCGACCAGGAGGUCUACACCCACAGAGCAGCUUCUCGCGAGAUGGCUCUUCCACAUACAGCAGUAUCAAUGGCGCACCUUUGUCGCAUGUCCCGAGUGCGCCUCAUUCGGUAGGAGGCCCGCUCAAUCCGAAUACCAUAUACGCUCAGAUACAGGAGACUUCAGCCAAGCGCAUGGCUACGAUAGACUAUGUGCGGAAGUUACAUGAAGGCGACAUCUUCUACUUCAGUACAUUGCAUUAUUCGGCGGCGGGACUUUCGACUAUGCCCUCGCUGUAUCCACACAAACUGGGCCGGCGAGCGACCAAUUACUUCAUACUGGGAUACUCGCUUCCAGCACUUCUCGACAUGAACUCCAACAAUGCGCUCGAAUACUUGAAAGCAUUGUCCUUGCUCCUCGCCGAGUUUGAGACAUAUCAGACGCUCGCUGGGUAUGAUGCCAGUGGUAACAGCGUCUCUCGUGGCAGAGUGGGCCAGAUGUUCAAGUCCGGGAUGGGCCUCAGCCGCAAUACCAAAGGUCGACGCUCCAGCACGACGACAGAUACACUAUCGCUGGAUCCUCGUCAAGCUGAUCUGCUUGGGAUGCCAAUUGCAGGUCGCAUACCAGAGGCCUCUUCUCCGCAAGAUACAACCAGUCCUGUAAACCCCACAGGACAUGAGUUUGCAUACCUCCUUACACCGGCUCUGCCAUUCGAUCCAGACUUCAAUACGACGCUCGGAACACUGUGCGAUACCCUCAUCGAUACAUACGCCAAACUGAUGGAUCUCGUAUCAUCGCCCGAGAUUUGCAGUCCAGCCAUCGGAACAGAAUUCUCAAAAGCAGAUAAAGCCAUCCGCAAGAUCUUGGUCGCCAACGUCGUUCGGGAGUUCGAGGAUACAACCAGAGCUGGCGUCAAAGGCGAAGUCGCCAGUCUGGGAAAACUGGUCCUGGGAGGACUGAUGUAA